AAACGCUUCACUCCCAUAAACGUCAGUUUGUUAGAUAUUGUGUCAGUUGAAGCUCCUUUUUUUAUUAUUAGUAAUGCGAUAAUUAAAUGGUUAAAAGUUAUCUCACAUAAAACAAAUGGCAGAGACGGGAGAAGUCGGAGCAGAAAAAGGACGGGGCAGAAAAGGCAGCAUGGAUCAACCACCAACAGUGUCCGACUUAAGGCUAGUGAUUGUUGGGAAGACUGGUGCAGGAAAAAGCUCCACUAGAAACACUAUUUUAGGAAGAAAUGCCUUCAGAGCAGUCACUAAACACUCCUCAGAGACCUCUGAAUGCUCCAAACAACGAGAGGAAGUGUUCAACUGGAUGGUUUCAGUCGUUGACACUCCUGGCCUCUUUGACACCUAUCAGCCUGAGGAAACAGUGAAGAGAGAAAUCUCCAAAUGCAUCAACAUGUCGACCCCGGGCCCCCAUGCCAUUCUACUGGUUAUCAAAGUUGGACCAUUCACACCAGAGGAGAGAGACGCUGUGCUGAAGGUGGAGAAAAUUUUUGGAAAAAAAGUUUGGAAGUACACCAUGAUCCUCUUCACUCAUGGGGAUAAGGUGGAGUCGGACUUUGAUGAGAUGUUGAAGGAGGCUGGACCAGAUUUGAAGGAGAUCUUGGAGAAGGCUGGAAAUCGAUACCAUGUGUUCAAUAACCUCAGAGCUCAUGACCGUAGACAAGUUCUUAGUCUGCUAGAGAAGGUUGAGGAGAUGGUGAAGGAUACAGGAGGUCAGUUUUAUUCUAAUGAUACAUAUGAGAAGGCAGUGACAAUGCUGGAUGAGAGGGAGGCUGAACUCAAACGUUUAUAUGAGGAAAAACUUAAGGAGGAAACAACAGCUAUGAAGGCAGAGUAUGAAGAGCAGCUAAGAGAAGCUAAAGAGGACAAAGAGAAGGUAGAGAAGCGGAUGCAGUCUGAGCUUAAGGAGUUGGAGCGUUACUACCAUGCCUUAGAGAGAGGAGUCCGUCAAGUUGUAGAGCAGCUGCCCAAAGAGGAUGAUCAACUCCUCAAGAGAUUUCAUGAAACUCUGAAACUUAACUAAACAAGUUAUGAAUGGGUGGCUUUUUGGAAACCUUUUCAGAGUUUGAGUCAUUAGUGAUCGAUUGUUGUAAACAGGAGUAAUCCACCCCAUUGGAUAUCACUACAACUAUUGUAUAUAUUGUAUAUUUUUUACAGAAAAAGAGAUCACAAAUUCUAAAGAUCUGUUAAGCAGUUAAGCUAACUGCUAUUGGUUCUCAGGGAAAGUGAGUUUAAUCUUUUAAGUGGGGUGAAUAGGUAAAGAAUAUUAUUAGUCUAACAUCUCAUUUACAAGAGUUGUUAGAUGUUAGACUAGGCCAGUGGUUCCCAACCCUGUUUCUCAGGGAGCCUGUUUCCUUGUUGCAUCACACCAAGCAGGUUUAGCAGGCUUUGCAGCAUUGCAGAGGAUGAGCUCUUAUUUAAACCAGGUGUGCUGG